ACGCCACUACGGCAAUACCAGAAACUUAUAGACACGGGAGUGCUGCGGGGAGACGACCACCAGACCCGUAUCAUCCAGAAACUACAGGACUUGCACGACAAUCUACUCCAUUACAAUCCACCACAUAUACCCCGUCCAUCGCAAAGCAUUUCACUGGUAUCCCGGAUCUUCAGCCGCGACCCACCUGUCCCUACAUCUCCUCCAGCAUCUGCCCCUAAGGGCUUAUAUCUUUACGGCGACGUUGGAACUGGAAAGACAAUGCUCAUGGACCUGUUCUUCCAGACCCUCCCACCUUCCUUAAAGCGUAAACGAAGGGUCCAUUUCCAUGCUUUCAUGAUCGAUGUCCACAAACGUGUCCACGCCGCUAAAAUUGCUAUGGGCUUCAAUGGCGGUGACCCAAUAAUACCUGUGGCUAGAGAUCUCGCCACUGAGGCGUCCAUUCUAUGUUUCGACGAAUUUCAGGUGACGGAUAUUGCUGACGCUAUGAUACUUCGUCGGUUACUUGAGUCUUUGCUCAAUUAUGGGGUGGUCUGCGUGAUAACUUCAAAUCGGCAUCCAGAUGAUCUCUAUAAGAACGGCAUUCAGCGUUCUAGCUUUAUACCCGCAAUCGAGCUGCUGAAAUCUCAAUUCGAAGUAACCGACCUUGACUCUGGAACUGAUUACCGCCGCGUACCUCGCGCCCUCUCCCAUGUAUACUACCAUCCGCUCACACCGGAGCACGACCGCGAAAUCAACAAGGUCUUCCUCUCUUUGGCUUCCCAAGACCCUACAGACCCCCCCAUCCGCGGCCGCAAGCUGACUACAUGGGGCCGACAACUGGCCGUUCCCGAAAGCACCAGCAAAAUCGCCAAGUUCGAUUUUCAAGAUCUAUGUGGACAGCCCUUGAGCGCUGCUGACUACAUUAAAGUGACAGAAACGUUUGGAACGGUGUUUUUGUUGAACGUACCCAAGAUGGGCCUGGACAAGAAAGACUUGGCCAGACGGUUUAUCACCUUCAUUGAUGCAUGUUAUGAGAGCAAGACUAAACUCUUCGUGACAUCAGAGGUGCCGGUGUUCAAGGUCUUUUCGGAUGUUCCCAAUGAAUCACUACCACAACAUCCUUCGGACCACAUGCGCAGCGUCAUGGAUGAUCUUGGACUCUCCAACGACAUCGUUGGAACCAGCUCCAUGUUCACUGGAGAGGAGGAAGUCUUCGCGUUUGCCAGAGCCUGUUCGCGGCUGGUACAAAUGGGAAGCAAGGAGUGGGCGGAGACCGCA